GUUAUCAACUCAGCAGCUAAAACCUUCUACAUGUCCGCCGGUUUGGUCAACGUUCCGAUAGUUUUCCGUGGCCCCAAUGGUGCCGCUGCUGGUGUAGCCGCUCAGCAUUCUCAGUGCUUCGCUGCCUGGUACGGUCACUGCCCAGGUUUGAAAGUGAUAUCCCCUUAUGACAGCGAGGAUGCACGUGGAUUGCUUAAGGCUUCCAUUCGCGACCCGGACCCAGUGGUUUUUCUAGAAAAUGAGAUGUUAUAUGGUGUUUCAUACCCAGUGGACGAAAAGGUAUUUGAUAAAGAUUUCGUGCUGCCUAUCGGUAAGGCAAAAAUUAUGAAACCAGGUAAUCACAUCACUCUGGUAGCACAUUCAAGGGCUGUAGAAACCGCACUGACCGCUGCUGCUGAACUGGCUAAAAAGGGUAUUGAAGCUGAGGUUAUCAAUUUGCGUUCCAUCCGUCCACUGGACAUGGACACCAUUUGCAAGUCCGUUAAGAAGACACAUCAUCUUGUGACCAUAGAGCAGGGCUGGCCACAACAUGGUGUGGGCGCUGAAAUUUGCGCGCGUAUCAUGGAGGACGAAACUUUCUUCCAUUUAGAUGCACCUGUGUGGCGUGUAUGUGGCGUUGACGUACCAAUGCCUUAUACCAAGACCCUGGAAGCGAAUGCAUUACCCCAGGCUCAUAACAUUGUCGAAGCUGUGACUAAAAUCAUUGGACCCAAAAAGACCCAAGCUGUGCAAAAGAAGGUAAAAAAGGAAACUAAUUGAAGAAACAUUAAGUGAUCGAAUUGUUUUUCAAAAUUCUAUUAUUUCAAAUCUAUUCUAAUCAUUUAAUUUAGUAAUCUGGUACCACAUUUUUAAAUAAAAUAAAAUGAUUCAUAUU